AUGAGUAGACCUCCACCAGCGUAUCCAGACUUUGUUAGUACUUCAUCUUUUUCGGAGAAUAAACCACCUCCAGCAUACGUCGAAGAUGAGACUGAUGAGCCAAGAGUUCACAAUUUGGACCCGCAAGCUCUUCAAGCAGCUCUUCGAGUAGAAAUGGCGCGAAGAAAACGUCUCGAAAGGGAACUGCAAAGGGAAAGAGAAGCAGCCCAACGCGAUACCUCACCCGGGCAUUUGAAUCAUGUGAUCGUUAUUCGAGCACCGAGACGAGAACAACCGAGAACGGUUGGAGUGCUGGCGCUUGGCUCUCAUCCACCGAUGCCCGAGCCCAAUUAUGCUAGAGGAAAGAUGACGCGAAGAUCGUGCCAAUAUUUU